AUGGGCGAUCCAAACACUAGCGACUGGUUAAAAUCGCAGCAAAAGGCCUCCCGCAAGGCGCGCUGGUUAGUAGGCUGUCUCGGAUUACUAGUCCUCCUUGGUAUUGUCGGGGGCGUGGCCUAUGCUGUCGUCAGCAAGUCGAGCAACCCGCAGAACAGUGUUACUGAUACCGGAGGCGGCAACGGCGGCGGCAGCAACGGCUCCAAUGGACCCUUGGGUGGCAACGGUGGCAACGGUAGCACUGGUGUUGAUCCCAAUGGAAAUACAGUUUAUUUCACUUGGGACCACAAGCCUGUCAACCUUACAAUUACUCCUAAUCCAGCUUUGAAGAAAUCAUUCUGGGGAAUCAAUUAUGGUCCCGUCAAUGCUACUUACCCUUGGUGCGGCAACACACUUGGAGAUGUGAUAGAAGACAUUAAGCUACUAUCACAGCUCACUUCACGUAUUAGGUUGUAUGGAAUGGACUGCCAGAUGGCAAACAUGACCAUUUGGGCCAUCAAGAUUCUUAACGUUAACAUGACGGUCGUUCCUACCAUCUGGGUUGACAAUAAUGCAACGACGUAUAAAAGGCAGUACGACAGUCUAUUUACCCUCAUCAAUGAUCAUGGGGUAGACAAAAUCGAUGGUGUUUCGGUCGGUAAUGAAGUUAUCUUCCGCAAAGAGAUCCCCACACAAGAUCUGUUUGCCCGCAUUGCAGACGUUCGUCAGAAAGUGAACACACUCCCCAACGUCAAAAAGAAGGUUCCUGUGUUCACAUCCGAUCUCGGUUCAAACAUAGAUGAUGCAUUCGUUGCUGCAUGCGAUCUCGCGUUUGCUAAUGUUCAUCCAUACUUUGGUGGAGUACCGGCUCAACAAGGUGCUACCUGGACGUUCCAAUUCUUCCAAGACAAUGACGUUACUCCUGCAGCAAAAGCUGGCAAAGAAGCCAUUAUAUCGGAAAUUGGUUGGCCGACCGCUGGUGACCCCGAAAAGGGAGCGAUUGCUAGUGUGCCAAAUCUCAACGACUUUCUCGGACAGUUCCUCUGCGCCGCCAACACUAAACUGACAAAAUAUUACUAUUUCGAGUCUUUUGACACACCAUGGAAGACUGCAAUGUUUACUCUUCUAGAGGGCAGCUGGGGUCUAUUUACGCCUGAUCGUAAGUUAAAGACUGGACUGACGAUUCCCGAUUGUGCACCAACGGCCCCAGGCUUUAAGGGUUUCUCUUAA